UUUUAUCAUAAAUUCCCAACUUUUUUUUCUCUCUCUGCCCUCGCUUUCUCUUUCCAGAUCCAUUAACAAAUCCGAUCGCCUUCCCCCUUUCCACAGCCAUGACAAUGGCAGAAUCGCCGAAGUCGAUCGCGUCAGCAGCGCGCUCAUCCUCCUCUUCCCUUCUUAAAUGGGAGCGGAAUCGAAGCAACUUGACGUACAAACCCGGCUGUUCAUUGCGCUGCUCAUCGAUGUGACAGCAUCAGAAAGGCAGAGAUUUAGUGGGUGGGGAAUUCAUUGACGCCAUUAAUUCCUUCUCUCGACAAGUUGGAGAAGCUUGAAGGCCCUUCCGGUCCAAGUAAAGCCCUUCGUGUUGGCAGGCGGCAGCCAUGAGGCGUUGCUUAGGGUUUGGCUCCAGGGCGAAGAGGUUCUUCCUUUCUUCUCCGGCCAAGGAGAGGCCUUUGACCUGGGACAAUCCCGUGGGGCGAUUCGAUCUCGAUGUCCCGGACUUUGAAGACGGAGAACUAUUCUUCGACUCGAAAGUAUGGUUAGAUUCUGACUGCGAAGAUGAUUUUUUCAGUGUCAAUGGAGACUCCACGCCGUCACGAGGAAAUACUCCUGACCAUCCGGCAAAUCAGCAAUCAAAUCCUGUGCUAGAUGAUGCCAUAUUUAUCGACAAGCACCUUGACACCAAGUCUGAGCCAUCUCCGACGGGAAGAAAGAAACUAAGCGACCUUCUACAGGAAACAUCUCGCGGAGAACGAGUAAUUGAUGCACCAACCGCUGCUGAAGCGAACACGGAGACCAAUGGAAUGACAGAAGUUGAGAAAGAUAGAUCAAGAGGAUUGUCGAAUGGAAAUCAAUACUUGUCGAGUAAUUCUGCUGAUGAAGCUGGUGUAACAACGCCUCGUAGAGAUAAGAAGAAGAAAGGCAAAACAUGGAAGGAUGGUCAUUGUUGCUUGCCGAGCUUGCAAGUUGAAUGAUUGUGAUGAUCCUAACCUCGACAUAACUAUUACAAAAUUGGGCAAAUACUCUUACUGAUCUUUGCUAGCUAUCGUACCAAAAUAUCCUUUUCCGAAAAGUGAAAUGAAUUUUGAAUGAA